AUGUCUUAUUUCCAAAAGCAGAUAAAUGCCUUCAGUAGCAAUGUGGUCUCUGUGGCCAGCAGACUGCCUCAUGACCGAAGAGCCGCUGUUGCGAACAAUGCCGCCUCCUCGACUCCCCAGCCAGCGACGACGGCCUCCACUCCCGCUGCUCAAACCCCGAGGCGCCAUGACGCCGAUAUCGUCUACUCACAGCCUGCCAACACGGGGACAGGGAGAGAUAUCAUGACCCAAGUGAUCUUUGCUAUAGAGCAUAUGAAGGGCAAGAACGUUCCGCUGAAAUUUGCGGAUAUUGAGUCGUACCUUUCGCUCUCAAGACAGGGACACGAUAUGGGUUACAUCCAUGCCCUGAGGCGGAUUUUGCAGUCGCACGAUAAGGUCCAGUACGACCCAGCUGGCGCCAACGGCGAAGGAACUUUUCAGUUCCGCCCUCCGCAUAACAUUCGAUCUGCGGAUCAGCUGCUACAGCACCUCCAGUCCCAAAAGACGGCCCAGGGGAUGAGUGUCCGUGAACUCCGUGAAGGCUGGCCCAAUAUUGUAGAAACGAUCAAUAGCCUUGAAAAGGAGGGGAAGCUGCUUGUGACGAGGAAUAAGAAGGAUAAUCAUCCCAAGAUGAUAUGGGCAAAUGAUCCGUCUCUCACACAGAAAUUUGACCCUGAGUUUUGCCAGAUCUGGGAAAAGGUCAAGAUUCCUGACCAUCAGACCGUGAUGGAAGAGCUCGAGAAGGCCGGUAUAACUCCCACCAGCAAGCACAAGGCCGCGAAAGCCAGGCCGAAGGUAGAGCAGAAGAAGGUCAAGAAGGCGCGCAGGAGUGGCAAGACUACAAAUACACACAUGACUGGUAUCCUCCGAGACUAUUCGCAUCUGAAGAAAUAG